AGUUUAUCUUAGAGAUGCAGAUUUGCAAAAGAGUUUGGCAAAUCGGAGCUGUGAAGUCUUCAACGCCAAUAUUUCUCUUCCUUCGCAUAACUCAGCCUUGGGUUAUUUUGUGUUGGAUAAUACUACUCCACUUAUAACGCUGUAUAAAUGCAAUCGUACGCUCAACAACAUUAACUCUUCAACGGGAUUUUUCAGCUAUACAGGCUGUGUUGAGAGUAAAGGUGAGACGAUCUACUUUGGAAAUAUGAAUCUAGAUGAACAAGACGCUCCAGCUUCUUUAGCAGCAUGUCCAAGGACUAAGCUUCCGGCGAGUGACGAUACUUUUGCGGCUGGAAGCCCGUUUGAAUCCCUGGAUUCUGCAUAUUCCAUUCAAGCUCGACUUUCUAAUGACUGUUCUCGAUGUGUUUCUGAUCGAGGCUUCUGCAGACUCGACGCCAAAGCACAGUUUUAUUGUUCCAAAUCCAAAGUUGCAGAAAAUCCACCGCCGGUGGGAGAAAAUUCACGGUCUGGCAAGAUGAGACUUAUAAUAGGUUUAACAAGUGGAGCAAUUGGGACAGUGCUAAUAUGUAUGAUUAUUUUUUGUUGUAUAAUCAAAUCACUGAGGCAGAAAAUAGAGUUCUUGAAGACAUCUAGGGCUGACCAAAAUAUCGAGGCCUUCAUUAGAAACCACGGACCUCUAGCUCUCACAAGAUAUAAAUAUGCGGAGGUGAAAAAAAUGACCAAAUCUUUCCAAGUUAAACUGGGACAAGGUGGUUAUGGCGCUGUAUACAAAGGAGAACUACUCAAUGGUUGCCCUGUUGCCAUCAAGUUACUGAAGUCAUCCAAAGGGAAUGGGGAAGAAUUUAUCAAUGAGGUUGCUAGCAUUAGUAAAACUUCUCAUGUAAAUGUUGUUACCCUCCUAGGGUUCUGCUUGGAAGGUCGAAAAAAGGCUCUUAUAUAUGAGUUUAUGCCAAAUGGAUCUCUUGAUAAAUUCAUUCGUAAUACUGCAGAUAGAACUAGUCCAUCCUUAACUUGGGAGUAUUUGUACGAAAUUGCAAUUGGGACAGCUCGAGGACUUGAAUACUUGUACAAGGGAUGCAACACUCGAAUUCUACAUUUUGAUAUAAAGCCACAUAACAUCCUUUUGGAUGAAAGCUUUUGUCCCAAGAUCUCAGAUUUUGGGCUUGCAAAGUUGUGUCCAAGGAAAGAAAGCAUAGUUUCAAUUUCAGAAGCUCGAGGAACUAUAGGAUAUCUUGCUCCAGAAGUUUGGAAUAGAAAUAUAGGAAGAGUUUCGCAUAAGUCUGACAUUUUUAGUUAUGGAAUGCUGUUGUUAGAUAUGGUUGGUGAGAGAAAGAAUUUGAAUCCUGAAGACUGUACAACCGAGACUUAUUUUCCAGAUUGGAUUUAUGAUAAACUUGAGAAAGGAAGCAAGUUGGGACAGGAUGAUGGGGCGAACCCCAUGGAGGAAAAUGACAUUGCAAAGAAAUUGACCAUUGUGGGUUUAUGGUGUAUUCAAACAUUUCCGACUCAAAGACCAACAAUUAGUAGAGUUAUUGAAAUGUUAGAGGGAAGUUUAGACUCUCUGGAAAUGCCACCGAAGCCAGUCAUGCUCUCCCCUCCAAGAUUAGAACUAGAAUCUUCUGCAACUUGCAAUACCAAGUCAGAACAAGUUGAUUCUGCAGAAAGCUCUUCCCAAAGGUUGGAGACCCACUAG